GCUUAUAGGUUACUAGUUUGUAUAAUUUGUGAAAUACAUUCAUAGAGUUUGGAUUUAGAAGAUCUGGAUACUUGAAUUUAUCUCAAGCUUUCACUGAUGGCUCACAGGCUGAUCCUGUUUGGGAUCAUAGGCGUCCUGCUCAGUGUUGCUAGCGCCCAAAGCCAUCAGUACCACUUUGUGAACACGUUGCUAACAUGGACAGAAGCUCAGAGUGUCUGCAGACGGGACUACACUGAUCUGGCCACCAUUGAAAGCACAGCUGAUGUUGAUGACUUUGUAAGUACCACCUCCGGUUAUACAGGCAAGGCAUGGAUUGGUCUCUAUGACGACACAAUAAACGGCUGGAAAUGGUCCCUAAAUGACAGCAGCUUCUAUGGUCCUGGAGAAAAUUCUUCAUUUAGGAACUGGCAACCUGGGCAACCCGACGAUUAUUAUGGACAACAGCAUUGUGUUCAGUUUAAUGGUUCUGGGGGCCAAUGGGAUGACACUGGGUGCUUGGAUACAAUGCAGUUUGUUUGCUACACUGGUACAGUAGGUGGAUCACCAUCCUAUGUUGUCAGUAAUAUUUCAUUAAAUUGGACUGAAGCUCAGAAAUUCUGCCGGGAGAAUUAUGUUGAUCUGGCCAGUGUACGAAAUCAGACAGAAAAUGAUAUAAUCAAAAACCUAACGGAUGGCAAGACUGUUUGGAUUGGACUGUAUCGGGAAAAGCAGUGGUCUGAUGGCAGCGACUCUCUGUUUCGACACUGGGUGGAUGGCGAGCCCAACGAUCCCUCUGGUGAUCAGUGUGUUGCUGGAUCAUUUAAUGAUAAUGGAAGAUGGUCGGAUGAAAACUGCAGCCUGAGUUUGCCAUUCAUCUGUUAUAGACAAGACUAUAUCCGGUUAGCUGGUGCUGGAGCAACACGAUGUUCUGGAAGAGUUGAAGUCUACCAUGACGGUGUCUGGGGAACRGUCUGUCAUUAUGGAUGGGACUUAACAGAUGCUGAGGUGGUCUGUAGAGAGUUGGACUGUGGACCAGCACUGAGUGCUCCCUAUAAUGCUGGCUUUGGUCAAGGAACUGGACAAAUCUGGCUUGAAUACGUGUCGUGUUUGGGAAAUGAAAUUUCACUUGCACACUGUCGGCAUCAAGGAUUUGGGAUCAAUAGCUGUGGAUACUGGGGGGGACAYUKGGGGGAUGCUGGUGUCAUCUGCUCAGAGCGUAUCCGGUUAGCUGGUGCUGGAUCAACACAAUGUUCUGGAAGAGUUGAAGUCUACCACAACGGUGUCUGGGGAACAGUCUGUGGUGAUGGAUGGGACCUAACAGAUGCUCAUGUGGUCUGUAGACAGAUGGGCUGUGGRMCAGCRYUGUCUGCUACCAGUAAUGCUACCUUUGGUGAAGGAACAGGACAAAUCUGGCUUGAUGACGUGUCGUGUUUGGGAAAUGAAGAUUCACUCACAAAGUGUCAUCAUCAAGGAUUUGGGAUCCAUAACUGCACACAUGRGAAAGAUGCUGGUGUCGUCUGUUCAGGUGAAACUAACAAAUAUUUUUAAUGAAACACUUUAAAGGCUUAAAUGUUGGGUUGUCUAGUCAAGGGUGGCGCCAGGAAUCUUGUGCACCAUGACA